AUGGUUAUAGUAUCUUCAACUGCCCUUCAGGACAUCCCAACCAGGAUUUUAGCUAGAAAUCAGUGUCAGAUGUUUGGUGCCAUCUCGAGAAGCAACAGGAGGAUUGUUCCGCUCGCCAUCGGUGGUGCUGCGAUUGCAUGUUCAGCGUACUACGCUGCUAGGAUGUUCACUCCGGUCAGAAACGAAUCGUCUGCGGUGUUUGUUGGCGACGACAAGUGGAUUGCAUUGCCAUUGUCCAAGGUGGAGGACCUUUCGCAUGACACCAAGAGAUUUACGUUUGAUCUGCCAGGUGAGGACUCGACUACGGGGUUGACUCUUUGCUCGGCGUUGCUGGCCAAGUUCGUUACUGCCAAGGGCAACAAUGUGAUCAGACCUUACACGCCCGUGAGCGAUCUCUCCAGAAAGGGUUCGUUCCAAUUGGUGAUCAAGCAUUACAAGGACGGCAAGAUGACCAGCCAUCUUUUCGGUUUGAAGCCUUCAGACACGGUUCUUUUCAAGGGCCCAAUCAAGAAGUGGCAGUGGAAGGAGAACUCUUUCGACUCGAUCGUGUUGUUGGGCGCCGGUACCGGUAUCAAUCCCUUGUUCCAACUGGUGCACCAUCUGUCCGAAAACCCAAACGAGAAGACCGAGAUACACCUGUUCUACGGUAACAAGACGCCACAGGACAUCUUGUUGAAGAAGGAGUUGGACGAGUUGCAGAAGAAGCACCCAGACCGGCUCAAGAUCAGCUACUUCGUCGAUAAGAAGGACGGCGAAUUUGAGGGCGAGACGGGCUUCAUCACUAAGGAGUACCUCGAAAAGCAUGCUCCAAAGCCAUCUGAGAAGACUCACGUCUUUGUCUGCGGUCCACCACCUUUCAUGAAGGCUUACUCUGGCGAAAAGGUCUCGCCAAUGGACCAAGGCGAGCUGGUGGGCAUCUUGAAGGAUCUCGGUUACUCCAAGGACCAGGUCUUCAAGUUCUAG